AUUCUGCGUCCGGGGCCGUACAUAUGUGCCGAGUGGGAUUUGGGUGGGUUACCAAGCUGGCUGCUGCAGGAUAAGAAAAUGAAAUUAAGAACGACCUACUCUGGUUUCACAAGUGCUGUGAACUCGUACUUUGAUAAACUCAUUCCGAGAGUCACACCCCUCCAGUAUAAGAAUGGAGGCCCUAUUAUUGCUGUUCAAGUAGAGAAUGAAUAUGGUUCAUAUGCAAAGGAUGAGCAAUACAUGUCAUUCAUCAAAGAGGCGUUACUGUCCCGGGGAAUCUCCGAGCUUCUCCUCACAUCAGACAACCAUGACGGGCUGAAGUGUGGAGGGGUAGAUGGAG